GGUGGGUUUGAACGAGGGAGCCAUGUUUCAAAGUCGUUAACGGCGGCGGUGGCGGCAGCGAGAGAGCGCGGUGAGCGGCGCGGCCGCGGGCCUGAGUCAUUAAUUGGAACCGUUGGUUGGUUGCAGUGGCACAAGUGACACUUCUGGAGGCAAGGUGGGUUAAAGAUGCCUCAUCCAAGCUCUCGCUAUUCUUUUGAUGCUCCGGACACCCAUAUCAACUUUGCAGCUCUGAGCGAUGACGACGUACAUAGUGCCGACUCCUGGUUUGAUCGUACAGACAACUUGGAGAAUGUCUUUCCUACGCAGGAUGUGGUCUCUGUCUUGCAGAACACGCCUGCUGUUUCGAAAGCUAACCUUCCAGAAGUCCAGAUGGUAAAAUCCAGUGAAAAUUAUGAUGCAGAGGAUGCAGAAACAGGGCAGGUGCAGGCAACCUUGGUUACAAAGAACAUUUUUGGCUCCCUGACAACUUGGAGAACCACCUCCAACAAUGCUUCUGCCCCUGCAGGAACUUCUCAAAGAAUGACCAGAAGACUGUCUGGUCAACAGAAAAAUGCACAGCAGCGCAAACGCCUGGCCAAAGUCAAAGCAGAGAUGCAUGCAGUUGCCUCAGUCAAAAAAGAAGAGAUUCCACCCUUGAAAAAGCAGAAAAUAGUACCAGGGAAAACUAAAUCCUCUGUGCCAUGUUGUGUAGCCAGUUCCAGCAGCAGAGAAGUGCUGACCGAAAUACCCACAGAGAGUGAACACUUACACAAUACUGAAUGCUCCCCAACAAAACCCAGAGGCAAGCUGAAUGUGCACACUACACCAACAUUGCUGAAAAGGAGCAAUCCUUCUGGCAAGCUGAAGAGCACAGAGGAGCAGGAGCUGGAAAAGAUGCAGCAACUGCAGCAGGAGGUGGUUGAACUGCGUAAGAGGAACGAAGAGUCCCUGAAAGCAGCUAUUGCUGGUGCAGGACAACCUGCAAAGAAAGCCAUCAUUCAGGUUACAAAGCCAGUCGACUUCCAUUUCUGCACUGAGGAGAGAAUCAAGCAGCACACAGAAAGCCAGCCUGGAAAUGAGUACAAGGAGGUCAAUUUUGUGUCCGGCCUGAGGAAGCAUCCUCCUUCUCCGGUACGAGUGGCAAAGGGGCUCACUGUCCCCAAGCCUUUCAAUCUCUCCCAAGGGAACAAAAGGAAGUUUGAAGAAACUGCCGCUGAGUACGUCUCCCUUGCUCAGCAGAUUGAAUCAUUCCAGAAACGCACUCCCUCUCGCUACCAUCUAAGAAGCAAGAAGUCUGACGAAGGUCCAAUUCCAGCAAAGCCCCUGAAGGCCAGGCUUACCAACCCCAAAACUCCAGUGCUUCAAACAAAGCGGCGUCUGAGACCUGUGACCUGCAAAAGUACAGCAGAGCUGGAGGCAGAGGAACUAGAGAAAAUCCAGCAGUACAAAUUCAAAGCUCAGGAGCUGGACCCCAGGAUCUUGGAGGGUGGGCCAAUCCUACCCAAGAAGCCCCCUGCAAAAGAGCUUACACAACCAAUUGGGUUUGACUUGGAAAUAGAGAAACGGAUUCGGGAACGAGAGAGUAAGAAACAGCAAGAGGAGGAGCCCUUUGAAUUCCAUUCCAGGCCAUGCCCGACUAAAAUCUUAGAGGAUGUCGUGGGCGUUCCAGAAAAGAAGCAACUUCCUGUUACAGUUCCCAAAUCCCCAGCCUUUGCCUUGAAGGACAGAGUCCGAAUGCUUACUCGAGAGGAAGAAAAGGAACAGGAGAUGGUACCGGCAAUCAAAGCUAACCCUAUGCCACACUACGGAGUGCCCUUCAAGCCUAAAGUCCCAGAGCAGAGGCAUGUGGAAGUCUGCCCCUUCUCUUUUGAUGCUCGAGACAGAGAGAGAUUAAUACAAAAGGAGAAAAAAAUUGAAGAGCUGCAGAAAGAGGAGGUGCCAAAGUUCAAAGCACUCCCCCUGCCUCAGUUUGACCAUGUCAACCUGCCAGAAAAGAAGGUGAAGAACCCAACGCAACCUGAACCCUUCCACCUCCAGAUCGAUGAACGGGGAGCUACGAAGUUACAGAACUGGAAGCAACAGAUCAAAGACGACCUGAAACGACAGAAAGAGGCUGCCUGUUUCAAAGCUCGUCCCAACGCUGUGGUGCACCAGGAGCCUUUCCUUCCAAAGAAAGAAAACAAGCCAUUAUCAGAGAGCAUUUCUGGUUCUGUAGUUCCUGACAGCUUUGAGCUGGCAACAGAGAAGAGGGCUAAAGAGCGGCAAGAAUUUGAAAAGCGAUUGGCUGAGUUGGAAGCCCAAAAAGAGAGGCUUCAAGAAGAGGCCAGACGGCAGGUGGAGGAACAAAGCAAGGAAGAAGUUGCCAGGCUGAGACAAGAACUGGUGCACAAGGCAAACCCAGUUCGCAAGUACCGUAGCGUGGAAGUGAAGCCCAGUGACCAGCCACUGACGACACCAAGGUCUCCCAACUUUUCAGACAGAUUCCGGUGCUGAUGCAUGUCAAAGCAGUGUGGGGCAUGGGAGCUAUCCCCUCCCAGCCGCCAGGGUGGAGUGGGAGACCGUUCUCUCUCUUUCUUUCUUUUUUUUACUUGGGACUCCUUAUUCCAAACUCAGUCCUGUCUCCCUUAUUUUAUUCUGAGUAGUGUAAUUUCAUUGAGGCACCUGGCUGAGACAUGCUGGGCAUGGCUAGUAACAUCCUGGCCCAGCAUGUUAUGACUGAGCCAGGCUUCGAUAUUGUGUACAAAUAAAAUAUUGUUCGUGUCAAGAGAAUGAAAGGGAUUAGUAGAGCUGAUGAGUCUCACUGCUAGGCCUCAGUUCCUUCCCUUGGGAAGUUGGCUUGAAUCCAGAUUGCCUUCACAGACAAGGGGUGUAGCCAUCUCUGUCUAGCUGCCUUUUCCAGAAGGGAAGCAUUGGGUCAGAAAUCGGUCUCCAGGCAUCAUGGUUGCUGAGAACGUGAUGGCAUGUAACAAACUAGAUUUAGCAAACGGGGGCAGUCUGGGAAUAACAGCCGAGAUGUUCACUUCAAUAAGUGCUAACUCCAGGCUCACCGAAGCAUCUGUAUCAGCAAGCCCCUCUGGAAAGGCAUCCAAGGGCUUGUUGUGGGCUCAUCUUCCCUCUAUUGGCUUACGGACUAGAAUACUUAGAUGCUAUUCAGGUGUACAGUCUCCAGUGUAAGUGAUGCUUUAAGCUUGGUGUAGCUCCAGGAUUCUCUGUGGUGAUCUCACUGGGAUGAGGGUUGUUUCAGAGAGUAGCCAAAGCCAGAGGCUGGAGUCAGGCUAGGCCCUUCACAGUGGUUGGCGCAAAGUGCACUGCCUUUGGUCUUCCUCUGCUUCGGCUGCCCUCGCAGAUGUGAGGGUUCUUGGAGUGGUAGAAAAUGUCCCUCAAGGACAUUUGCUCUACUGCAAACAGGGUAGUCCAUCCCUUCCACUUGAGAGGUGCACCCUUUGCAGGGAGGCUAAAUCUGUAGCUGACAGCAAAUACUUCCGUUCCCACAGCGCAUGUUAAGAGCAGGGCCCAGCUACUGUCCCCAAAGUGCUCACCUUGCGAGGGGUACGGGUGGAGAGGCAUUGCCAGAUGCCCAAGGUAGGGCAUUCUCUGAAAAGAGGGUGCAGAAUUUGCCUUCCAGGAGAGCAGGAAGCUGAAGGAGAAGGCUGGAAUGGGAGAGGGGGGAGAGAGAACCUUACUAGCAACAAAGACUGAAAUGCUUAGCUGAAGCCCAGAGAAGUGGGAAGCGAGAGGCCUGCUCCUGAGCACGACACCACUAAAAGACAAGUGCGUUCACAAGCAAUGGCAUCUUUGGAGCCAGAGAAUGAGGCCGCUGUCUUCCUUCUGGUUUGCUGCCUUUUCCUCACUGACCGGGUUUACAAAGUCAACAACAGUAAAUGCCAUGUCUGGAGAACCUCACUUUUCUGCUGAUAAAAACUCGGCUAUUGGCUGGCAA